AGCAACAGAGUGUGUGUGUGUGUGUGUGCGCGCGGCUGGUGUGUGAGCGGCUGGUGUGUGUGUGUGAGUGCGAGCGCGCGCGAUUUAAUCUGAGCAGAAGGCAGCAACAAGGAGUAACAGCCGUGGCAUAACGGCAUCACAAACUAACGAAGAGCGAAAGUAAAAAUACGCAAUUUCACCGUUUCCAUGCAGAGGAGCUGCGUUCGUUGGGAUUUUGUAACAGAAAAUGCACGUUAAACACACACAGCGCCGAGUUAGCGGUCCUGGAGCCUUCGGAACAUUUACCAACGAUCAACGCGCCAGCCGAGACAACUUGUACCCCGACGAUCAGCAGCAGCAGCAGCGCCACUCGCACUCGCAUCAGCACUUGGUGCGUCAGUCUCUGAUUAGCCUCAGCUACGCACAGGCGGGAUCGAACUCUGCAUCCGCAUCCGCAUCCGCAUCGGCGGCGGCAGCAGCGGCAGCGGUAGCGGCGGCCUCUGGGCCCAUACCCAUCCACUCGCACUCCUCGGCCUCCACCUCCGUGCGCAACAGUCCCAGUCCCAGUCCGGCGGCCGAUCAGCAUAGCUGCAGCAGCGGCAGCGUUGGAGUCGCCCUCGGUUACGGACGCAGUCGGCGCGGCGAGGUAGCGGAUCGUGAUCGAGAUCGGGAUAGGGAUAGGGAUAGGGAUCGGGAUCGGGAUCGAGACGGUGAUAGUGUUUCGCUGCUGAGAGGAGCCGCUGGCUUGGGCCAGCUGGGCCUGGAUGAGCCACGCGCCCAACGGCAGCGCAGCAGCAGUCGGCUAUCGAGCGGCAUCUCCAAGCAGAACUCCAGCGACAGUCGCAGUGGGCUGCGCAUUCUCGAUCCGGCGCCCUCGCACAGCCACAGUCCCGUUAGCUGUGGCACCCAGAGCAUCAGCAGCACCGGCGGCCAAUCGGCUCUGUACGAUGCGUGUCACGAAUACACGCGCAGCUUGAGUGCAGCACCCGCGUCCGAGGAUCAGGCGUCGGCCGGAGGCAUUGGCAUUGGCGCAGCGGCAGCAGCUGGCGGCCUGCUGAAGAGCCACUACAGCGAGCAACAGCUGUCGGAGCCGCACUUCACCAAUCUCAAUCUCAAUCUCAAUCUGAACAGCGACUACGACACGGGCAGCGACAAGCAGCAGCUGGUGAAUCAGACGUACAUCUUCAAGUGCAUCGCGAACAGUCCCUCGUUCCUGCGCACCAACAAGAUCAAGGAGCAGUCCAAGAAGCUGCGCAAUCUCUCCCUGAAGACACGCACCGCCAAGAAGAAGGGCCAGAUCAUAUCCAAAUCGAACGCCGUCUCCGACAACUCACUGCAUCCGGGUGACAAGUACCUUAAUUUGUAUCUGGUCGAGAAGAAGCAUUCGCUGCAGCCGCAGGUAGCUCCAAGUGCUGCCCAUACGGUGCCAUCGUCCCUGUCGGCACCGGCCACAGCUACCGGCUGCUCAUCCUCAUCCUCAUCCUCGGCAGCGACAGCGACAGCGGCAACAGCAGCAGCGGCGACACGCCAACAGCAGCUGCCGGCGCUCUCGGCGGUUGCCGCACGGCAGCAACAGUUGCUGCUGAACGGCUCGCUGAAGAGCAAGACGAAGACAUUUCCGGCGUACCGGGCAUCGGUGCGCAGCGAGAGCGACGACAAGGAGUACAGGGCGGCUGGCAGCAGCAGCAGCAACACGAUACCGACGACGGGCAAGAGUCCGCCGGUGCCGCAUUCGCUGGCGGCGAAGAUCAGCGGCAAGAACUGUAACAAUCUGCUGCACAGCGCCGGCAAUAAGCUAAGCGUGAGCAGCAACUCCUGCCACAAGCUACAUGCCCACGGUCACGGCCAGGGCCAAGGACAAGGACAUUCGGCCUACACACAGCAUCUGGCAUCAUCGCCCAAGAGCUCCGUCUCGAGCAACGGCCACUUGAACAAGUACUGCCUGACGGAUCUGACACGGCGCAAGGCCGAAUUCAAUCGCCAGCUGAGCGCACCGACCGACUACACCCAUCACUCGUCCAGCAACGGCUCCCAGCAGGGCUCCGAGGCGGCCAAUGAGGCGGUGGGCGAGUCGACGAUCACAGUAGCCAGCGCCGGUGUUGUGGGACACACCGGACAGCACAGCCAUCACGGCCAUCACGGGCACGUCCACGGCCAGGCAUCGACAGCGCCAGCCACACUCAAGUCGCUGCAGCUCCACAACUUUGGCGUCCAUCAUCCGACGUCAAGGCCAACGUCCACCUCGUGCACCAACAGCUUCAAUCGACGCCACAUACGCAGGCACAAGAGCAAGCUUAGCGAGCGCCUGCUGAACGGCGAUAGCGAAGAAUCAGUGCGCUGCUCAUACUGCUCCGUAUUGAAUGUGAAUGAGAACGACUUGCGCAUUUCAUUCGAGAACACCUGCACCGACUCACUGGUCACCGCUUUCGAUGAUGAGGCGCUGCUAAUAUGCGACCAAGGAACCGAAAUGGUACACUUUGAUGAUGUGUCGUUGUACGGCACUCCGAAAGAGGAGCCAAUGCCCAAUAUACCGAUAGUAUCGGAAAAAGUCUCGGCCAAUUUCCUAAAAAGUCAAUUGCAAUCAUGGUUCCAGCCGACAGACAAUCGUCUGGCCAUGAAAUUAUUUGGCAGCCGCAAGGCCUUGGUCAAAGAACGCAUACGUCAGAAAACUUCCGGGCAUUGGGUAAUACACCCGUGCAGUUCAUUCAGGUUUUACUGGGACCUUUGCAUGCUUUUAUUAUUAGUAGCAAAUCUUAUUAUCCUGCCAGUCGCAAUAUCAUUCUUCAACGAUGAUCUGAGCACACGAUGGAUUGCCUUCAACUGCCUAAGUGAUACUAUUUUUUUAAUAGAUAUUGUAGUCAAUUUUAGAACAGGAAUUAUGCAACAAGACAACGCUGAACAAGUAAUAUUGGAUCCAAAGCUUAUAGCUAAACACUAUUUAAGAACCUGGUUUUUUCUCGAUCUGAUUUCGUCGAUACCCUUAGAUUAUAUAUUUUUAAUUUUCAAUCAAAUUAUGAAAUUGCAGGAUUUCUCUGAUUCUUUUCAAAUCUUGCAUGCCGGACGCGCUUUGCGCAUCCUCCGUCUAGCUAAAUUACUUUCUCUAGUUCGCCUGCUCCGUCUCUCCCGCCUCGUCCGCUACGUCUCGCAAUGGGAGGAGGUCUAUAUUCUCCAGAAUCUACAGAAAAAAAGUGCUGAUCGCAGAGGGAGAAUGCAUAGAAAAGACAAAGAUGGCUUGACAAAAAGCAACCUAAUUCUCAAGUUCCUUAAUAUGGCCUCGGUUUUUAUGAGGAUCUUCAAUUUAAUUUGCAUGAUGCUCCUCAUCGGACACUGGAGCGGCUGUUUGCAGUUCUUAGUGCCAAUGUUACAGGGUUUUCCAUCUAAUUCCUGGGUAUCCAUCAACGAAUUACAGGAAUCAUAUUGGCUGGAGCAGUACUCAUGGGCAUUAUUCAAAGCCAUGUCACAUAUGCUGUGCAUAGGAUACGGCAGAUUUCCACCACAAUCACUGACGGAUAUGUGGCUAACGAUGCUAUCGAUGAUAUCGGGCGCCACAUGUUAUGCAUUGUUCCUUGGUCAUGCGACCAAUCUAAUACAGAGCUUGGACUCCAGCAGGCGGCAGUAUCGCGAGAAGGUCAAACAGGUGGAGGAGUAUAUGGCCUAUCGCAAGUUGCCGCGCGAUAUGCGACAGCGUAUAACGGAAUAUUUCGAGCAUCGGUACCAGGGUAAAUUCUUCGAUGAAGAGUUAAUACUGGGCGAGUUGAGCGAGAAGCUGCGCGAGGAUGUUAUCAACUAUAAUUGCAGAUCCCUCGUGGCGUCAGUGCCUUUUUUUGCUAAUGCCGAUUCGAAUUUUGUUUCCGACGUAGUUACCAAACUGAAAUACGAAGUUUUCCAACCAGGUGAUAUUAUCAUAAAGGAGGGCACGAUCGGUACAAAGAUGUACUUCAUACAGGAGGGCGUGGUGGACAUUGUCAUGGCCAACGGCGAGGUUGCCACCUCACUAUCGGAUGGAUCUUAUUUCGGUGAGAUCUGUUUGCUGACCAAUGCGCGUCGUGUGGCCAGCGUGCGAGCCGAAACCUAUUGCAAUCUAUUCUCGUUGAGCGUGGAUCAUUUCAACUGCGUUCUGGAUCAAUAUCCGCUAAUGCGCAAGACCAUGGAAACCGUGGCUGCCGAGCGGCUAAACAAGAUUGGCAAAAAUCCAAAUAUAAUGCAACAAAAGGAUGAGCAAUUAAGCAAUCCAGAAUCGAAUACAAUUACGGCGGUGGUCAAUGCAUUGGCCGCCGAGGCCGAUGACUGCAAAGAUGAUGACAUGGAUCUCAAGGAGAAUUUACUGCAUGGGUCAGAGUCGAGCAUUGCUGAGCCGGUGCAAACGAUACGCGAAGGUCUGCCCCGACCACGUAGCGGCGAGUUUCGAGCUCUAUUCGAGGGCAAUACUCCAUGACACUGAGGCAUCAUGAUUAGCCCAAACAGCACGCAACGAGCAACCAUCUGAAUAGCGGUUCGCAGAACUCAAAUACAAAAACAAAAACAGCAAAUAGUAAUACACCCAUAGACACUACAAACAUUACACACACACAUACAGACACACACACACAUGCGUAUAUAAUAAUUAGUGAAAAAAAAUGAAAGAAAAAAAAAAAAAAAAAACUACACUGAAUCAAUUUACAGUAGUCUACAUAUAUAUGCAAUUGCGAUUUAGUAGAAAAUGAAGACAACAACAAAAAAAACAAAAGAGAAAAAAAUGAGAUAGAGAAAACGUAUUACACAACAAUGUCCUCAAUAAUUAUUCAUAAUUUCAGCUCCGCUAACUGUGAUGAACUUUAAUAUAAGAAUCGAAAAAAAAAAAAAUGAAAAACUAAAAAAAAAGAUGAGUACAUAAAAAUAACUUAUACGAUAAAAAAAAAAACAAACAAAAUUCAGCAGCCAGUUAAAGCAUUCACACAGAUAUGAAACACGGCCAUAGAGAGAACACACACACACAUACAUAUACACACCUACAGUUACAUACAUAUAAGUAUAUAAGUUUUAUGCCCACGAUAUUGUAAUGAUUACGAAGUGAAUAGACUUUUGAAUUUGCUACAUACAUAGGUGUUAGUCCUAUGGAUCUACUACUAACCUAUAGACAGCCAUACACACACCCACACACCUGUAGUUAAACAUACACCCAUACACACACACACACGUGCAUAAACUUAUGAUAUAAAGAAAACUUGUUACGUUAUGCAUACCACAAAACCAAAAUAAAGAAAGAAA